AUGGCGGUUUCUAAUCAGUUCCCUGCAGCUGCGUUCCUUCUGCUACUGCCCUUAACACAAGUUCUCGCACCGAGCACCACAGAAUGUUCUGUAGGAAAUAAGGAACCAACAAUAAAUGAGAAUAAUCUGCUGGGGGCUGUUGUUACCACCAUUACAAUGGAGCCUGGUGUCACAGUAACAAUUGAGAACUCUUCCGACUCCAGAUGGUUUGCCAUUAAUGGCACAGAAUUGAUUCUAACUGAUUCCUUGGAUUAUGAGACAGAAAAUGUAUUACUAGUAACCCUGCUUUGCUGGAAAGGGGGUGUAGAGGUCCAUUCUGUGAUUGUUUUAGUAUAUGUUGGCAAUUUGAAUGACAGCCCAGUAUUCAAGGAAACAAAUCUCACUGUAAUGGUUCCUGAGGAUACAAAAGUGAAUACGAUCAUUAUACCUGAGGCGAGCGUAACUGCUAGUGAUGCUGACCUGGACAACAUACAAUACGAACUUACAGCGAUCACCCCAGUGACAACUGACUACUUUAACAUACAAGGAAUUAAUAACCCAAGCAUUUAUUUGCUCAAAACUCUGGACUAUGAUAAAUAUAAAUUUAUGCAGUUAAUCUUGUAUGCAAGGGACAGGGCACCUGGCAACCCAGAUGGUAAUACAGCCACGGCAACAAUAAACAUAGACAUCCAACAAACCGACACCAAACCGCCCUGGUUCCAACCAUGUACUUUCAUUAACGCAGACAAGAAAGUUUGCAUCAGCAAUGGCUACACUGGAAGGGUCAACAUCUCAGAGAAAACGACUGAACCGCUGAGCCUAGAACCUGGGCCCCUCUCUGCCAUUGACCCUGACUACACUUUGAAUGAAAAAAUAGUGUAUAGCAUUGUUGCUGGAAACAAGGACGAUGUAUUCUUAUUGAACAGUGAUACAGGGAAUAUAACUAUGAACAAAGCAGCAAAUACUACAGACACAUUCAUUUUGCAUGUCAUGGCCACCCAGGCCAACAAUGCACUGAGAUACUCCUUCACCACAGUAGAGAUCAAGGUCAUCGCUAAAAGUAACUACGCUCCAUAUUUUGAAAACUCCAGGUACACAGGGAUGGUGUCUGCUGGGCUGGCCCCUCUCAGUCUGGUCAUGGACUCUAAAGCACCUUUAAUACCCCUGAAGAUCUUUGCAGCUGAUAACGACUUCCCUAAUAAACUCAACCCUCAAAUCACGUACAACAUUCAAAACAGCAGCGAUUUCACCGUAACCAGAGAUGGACUUGUCCUGACAAACACAACGCUGCAGUCAGCCGCAACUAUAACAGUGUGGGCUACUGCUGUCGAUGAGGAGAGUCUGCAGAAGGCAAACACUACGAUCACUGUGGAGGUCACACCUUCCACAGGCACAAAAGACGAGAGAGCUAACUUGCGCUACACUGCACAGGACAUGGCUGCUCUAGGCGCCACAUUGGCGGUAUUGCUGGUAAUCGCCUUACUCAUGCUUGGAUUGAUUGUCUUCAAGCAUUAUAGAAAAGAAGCUGAGCGUAUGGUUGGAAUAAGGAGAGGCGAAGAUCCCGUUGAGGAUUUCAGUAACCAAGGCUACCAAGAUGAUGAAAAUCCUCUUUGGAGCACAAAAGACAACGAAUCACUAAGAAGCGACACUUCAGAGAACGGUACCCCUGUUGUGCAGAGGCAGUCAGAUGGCUUCCCUCCUCCGGAGCCCACAGUGGAGAGCAGCAUCGCAACAGCUUCCGCCGCCAUCAAGGACGGGGAAGAGAACAAAGAGGGAAAGAACACAGACAGCGAUAAAGAAGUGAAAUCUAUCCUCACCAAGGACAAGAAGACAGUGGACGAUGGAUACAAAGCUGUGUGGUUUAAGGAUGAAAUUGAUCCAGACACCAAGGAUGAUGUUGUAGUGAUUGAAGACCAGGUUGAAGAGGAAGAUGAUAGUGAUGAGGAUAAGGAUGAGGAGGAUGAGCACAGAAGUCAGCAUGGUGACCCAGUGGUGUCCUUCAUUCUAGAGAGAGCUCAGCUCCAAGCAACGAAUGGGAACCUCAAACCUGACCAGGAUGCAGACACAGGAGACGACUUUUUUUUAUAG